GAAAAUUUGCUGCUUGACAGCGCAAGUCGCCCCUCAUGUCAGUUGGUGCGAACAUUCGAUCAACCCUUCCUGGAUAUGGUUGCUUUGACAUUCCAUUGGCCACUUCAAACACAGCUGGUGGCAUAAUUUCAUUGCUGCAGCAGUAUUUGCCAGAGUGUCCGUGGUAUGGCAACAAAAUGUUCUCGUGUGGACUUUGUCAACUACAGCCCGAGGACAUCGUUGAUUCCCGCUGCAGCGCUUUGGUUUUCACCAACUACUCGGAGAUCAGCAACGAGGAAAUGUUUUGCGAUCCCCAAAACUGAAGAGCGAGGGAUCACUUUGGAACAGUUGCGACGACUUCCCUGUUUCAUCUCAAAGAUGGCAGAGCACUGGUGCGAAACUUUUGGAGAACAUCGUGGCCGACAGCUGCAUUUCAAGACUUUCAACUUAUAUCAUGCGGAUUAUUGGAUCACCAAGCCAGCCACAAAUGGCUAUGGGGGACACGGCUGCAGUUUGGUCGAGGUGAUGGCAGUGCAAAUUCAGAGACCUCACUGGUUUGUGUCACAUGCCUGGAUUGCUCAUGUGCUUACCGACGGUCUGGCGGGAGCUGAGAGUCGUAUGAUUGACAUCGUUGGGCUGCGCCAGAAGUCGGUCCGAGAACGUGGUUUUCCCACGAGCAUUUUGGAACAAGGCCUAGAGGUGAAGAUUGAAGAAGCAAGUGCCACUGAGCAGGAAGACAAAGUGCGGAUCCUCAACAGCAUUGCUUUUCCUCGUUUGAAUACUCAAGAGCUAAAGGAUUCACAGUCAAACCCCUUAGCGCAUCCAAACUACGAGCGCGUAGAUAAAGCUCUUGCUUCGCAUUUUGCUUUGGCAAGUUGGCGUGGCUUCGUUUUGCAAGGGAAACAAACAGAAGCCCUUGCAAGGGCUUUGCGGUUGGAUGAUGGUCGAAAGGUGGUGCAACUUUCCUUUACUGGAUGCCAGCAUUUCUCGGACAGUGAGCUUAAACGUCUCCUGGAGAACCUCCCUGGUGAUCUGGAUUUAGGUUUUUCUGCCCUUGAGACUUGGGAUUGUGUGAAGACAGAUCGUUUUCCAUUCGCAAAGUCAUUGGAUCAACUGGAGUUGCGCUUCACGGGCUCAUCAUCAUUCCGAAGUGCAGCAGGCCUUGCAGAUUUGCUGCGAGAGAUGGAGAACCUCGUGGACCUGGAACUCUGGUUCAUGAACUUACCGGGAUUGGAGGAGCUGGGAUCUUUGAACGCAGCCUUUCUCUCCUUGAGGAACCUGGAGAAUUUGGUUGAUCUCAGUGGAUGCGGCCAAGUAUCGGAAGUCAGGACAGAGCUGCACCAAAGCAUCAGGUCUUUGAAGCGGAGAGGUAGCAGCUUGGAUCUCUGGAUAAACAUUGAAGGCUUACCAAGUCGCCGGUGUGGGCUUCGAUUUUGUCCGAGGAGCUUCCAGUGGCUGUACUUCCGGUGUUUGCGUGUCAUUUGGUGGCUACAACAAGUUGGUGUUGGGUUGACUCGGCUUCGCUUCACUCGAGUCACGCCGCAGCUGCGGCGCAGUUUCGAAUCGAUAUGGUAGGGCUUACUCCAGUGAAGCUGAAGAGACAGAAGAUAGCGUUGGAGAACAGCGAGUGGACAUACUGGAUGAAACCCGACCCUUCCCUUGUAGCCAUGUGACAUGCACCUCCUUUCAUGCUGAGCUGCACGGUUAUUGUGAGAGACACCACUGGUUAGGCCUUGCCAAGAGGAUAUUUUUUCAAUUCAACACUGGGCGCCAAUAUAUAGAGCUUAGUUUGCUCAUCCUCACGCAAGCUGCAGCCGAGGUAGAAAGCAGACAUUUGCUGCUGCUGAUUAUUAUCAGUUUGUUACCAGCUGCCUGUUUUUGCGUGUCACAAUCCACAGGAGGACCUGGAGUCGUCGCCUUCAUGCUCAUCGUCUUCGUCGCUGUGGGCAGCAGCGGAUGCAUGAUUUGUCAACGGAACUACACGUCCAGGUCGAGUCAAUGUAUGCGAAACAUUUGCAGAUCGACGUGUCCAGACUCUUUAGGAAAGAUGGUGACAUCGACAUGCACAUCCAGCCACACAUCAGCAGCCUGAAAGACCAUUUCAUUGAAGCCAGAACCCAAUUCGACAAAACCAAUAGAGACGUAUGUCUGCCACUGCAAGAGUUCCUCCAAACACGUGAUUUUACAUCUGGCCCUCAUGUGCGCCCUGCUUUGAAGUUGUUAGCGCCAGGGCAAGAGGAUGUUUUGCUGCAAGGCAGCGGAAGUCAUAUUUUGGAUGUUGUGCAUUGCGGUGUGAUGUUUUCAUGUUGGCACGGCAUGAUCGAGGCUUGGGACUUCCUGAAUAGAGUCAGGUGAGUUGAACAACAUCGAGAUCGCGCAUGUUCGUGACUAUUUUGCAGCUGCUGAGACGGGUCGCAGGUGUGCUGAGAUGAUAUUGAACGUCAAUGGUUAUUUAGUCCGUUUUCUGGACGAACGCUUGACCCAACUCGAAAAUCAGUUAGACAAUGUGCGCCGCUUGGCAAAGCAGUUGGGGCUUGUGAGCCAUUUGACUGAGCCGUUGCUUGUUUCAGGGCGACCUACGCUACGUGCGCAACAUGUGUCGCGACCUACGAGGGUGGCUAGUCUUGAGGGUGGCUGUUUCGACCCUUCAAGCCGUCUCUUCGCUCGCUGCCAUGUACCUUGCCCUGCAGUAUUUCAUGCGAUACAGUCCACCUUUUGUCCGUUCCAACCUGCCAAAGCUCAUCAAUGACGUCAAGUGUGGCUGACGAUAGGACCCACCAAACAAUGGGACAAGGCAUCUGCCAGUGGGCUGCGCAA